AUUUUCGUCAUAUAUGGUGAAUAUAUUUGAAAUGUAGAAUUAAUGGCGACCUGAAAGAUCGUUAUGAGGGAUUGCAAAACAUUUGAUUUAUUUUAAUUAAUUAACAAAUAGAUCUGAGUGUUAGUGAUAGUUUUUAAGCUACUGUGUCAAGUAUCGUUUAUUUAAUAAAGGAUCUGAAAAAUGGAAGAGGAUACUGAAUACAAUAAAUUGCCAGUGGAAGAUCGUGUUGUUCAUAAAUUAUGGAAGGCUCGAUUGCAUGGUUAUGAAGAAUGCGCGAAAUCAUUUCGUUGUAUUGAUGAUGAAAAAUCACCGGAAUUUAAUAAAUUUGUGGGUCUUGUUAAAAAAUUUAUAAUUGACAGUAAUGCAGCUGCUCAGGAAAAAGGUUUGGAAGCUGUUCUUGCUUUCGUGGAAAAUGCUGCAGUCGCUGGAAAGACUGCCGGCGAUGUUAUGAGUGGUAUUGUUUCCAAGUGUAUUGCGGCUCCAAAAACAAAAACUAAAGAAUUGGCUGUACAAUUGACACUUAUGUAUAUUGAAAUUGAAAAACAAGAAGCCGUUCAAGAGGAAUUACUUAAAGGAACAGAAGCAAAGAAUCCUAAAAUUGUUGCUGCUUGUCUCUCAACUUUAACACUUUCUCUAAGGGAAUUUGGACCUAAAGUUGUGAGUGUCAAACCUUUAAUUAAAAAACUUCCCGCAUUCUUAGAGGACCGUGAUAAAACUGUUCGUGAUGAGGGGAAAAUUCUUGCCGUUGAAAUAUAUAAGUGGAUUGGUGCACCUUUGAAACAACAACUGAAUACUUUAAAACCAGUGCAAUUAACGGAACUUGAGUCCGAAUUUCAAAAUGUGGGAAACCAAAAGUAUAUUCCAAAUCGGUACUUAAGAUCACAGAAACCGAAAGAAACACGUAAUAUUGUUGAUGACGGCACUAAUGACGUAGAUGAUGAAAAAGAGAUUGAUGAAGGUGAUUGCGAACAACAAAUUGAUCCUUACGAACUGUUGGAUCCUGUGGAUAUUAUUUCAAAACUUCCGAAAGAUUUCUUUGAAAAAGUUGAAUCAAAAAAGUGGCAAGAACGUAAAGAAGGUCUCGAAAGUUUGCAAAAGCUCGCAGAGAAUCCAAAAUUAGAAAAUGGCGACUAUGGAGAUAUUGUACGAGUUCUGAAAAAGCUUAUAGCUAAAGAUUCGAACGUGUUAAUAGUGACUCUUGCUGGAAAAUGUCUCACUGGAUUGUCAAAUGGCCUUAAAAAACAAUUUACUCCCUAUGCCCUGUCUUGUUUAUCAACAAUUCUUGAAAAGUUUCGUGAAAAGAAACAAAAUGUUGUUCAAGUACUUCGCGAAUGUUCCGAUGCAAUAUUUCUCAGUAUUACCAUAGAUGUAAUUUUAGAGGAUGUAAUUGGUGCUUUAGAUAAUAAAAAUCCUGCUGUAAAGGCUGAGACUGCAUCAUUUCUUGCACGAUGCUUUACAAAAACUCCACCAGCGAGUUUAAAUAAAAAACUUUUGAAGGCCUAUACAACAGCACUUUUAAAAACACUCAAUGAAUCUGAUCUUUUGGUACGUGAUAAUUCAGCGGAAGCACUUGGUACGGCAAUGAAACUUGUCGGUGAAAAAGCCCUCUUGCCAUUUUUACCUGAUCUCGAUAAUUUGAAAAUGGCCAAAAUUAAGGAAUGUGCCGAGAAAGCAGUGAUAAUUGUAAAAACACAACCGGUGAAAAAGAGUCAACGUCCUGCAUCAUCGAAAGUUCAAUCUCCAGUUAAAAAUAAAGAGACAGAAAAGGAAAUAGUUAAACCAAAACGACAAAUUGCUUCAGCGGCUGUUAAAAAGACGGGAAUUAAAAAACCAUCCGAUUCAUCUGCUGUUCCAUCAAAGAAAACACAAUCAAAAUCACAAGCUGAGAGAAAUUUAACACCCGAGGAAGUUGAUGAAAUAGCAACUCAAGUUUUAUCGAAUGAUGUAAUUUCUGGACUUGUCGAUAGUAAUUGGAAAACACGUUUGGCUGCUGUUGAACAACUUGCUGAAAUUGUAAAAGCAAACGAUUCGGAAUUAUCAGCUCAAGUUAUUGUUCGUACAUUGACGAAAAAACCUGGUUUCAAAGAUACCAAUUUUCAAGUAAUCAAACUUCGUAUCGAGAUUGUGAAACUUCUCGCUGAAAAUUAUCCAUUCUCAACAACUGUCAAUGAAUAUUGCCUAAUGGAUAUAACUGAAAAAUUGGGUGAUGUGAAAAAUAGUUCAAUUGCCAGUGAAACAUUAACGGCAAUUGCAGAAGCAACAAGUUUCGAUCAAGUUGCCAAUGAAGUUAUAACUUUUGCUUUCAAUCAAAAAAGUCCAAAAGUUCAACAAGAGAGUCUUAUUUGGUUAUCGAAAGCAUUAACAGAAUUUGGUUGUCCAAAUAAUACGAGUACACUUUUGGAUAGUGUAAAGAAAGCCGUUGCUGCUAUUAAUCCAACUGUGCGUAGUGCGGGAAUUAAUUUAGUUGGCAAUUUAUAUCUCUAUUUGGGAAGAAAUCUUUUAAAUUAUUUUGACAGUGAGAAACCAGCUUUAAAACAGCAAAUUGAACAAGAAUGUGAAAAACAUAGCGGUGAAUCACCACCGGCACCAAUACGCGGUGCAAAAAGUAAGAAAAUUAAAUUAAUUCAAUCGGAGCCAAUGGAAGAAGAAAUUGAAGAGAAAUCAAAUGAAAAUCAAGAUGUUGAUCAUCAAUCGCGCAUUGAUAUUAGUGGCCAUAUUACCGAGAGUCUAUUUAGUGAAUUAUCUGAUAAAAAUUGGAAAGUUCGUAACGAAGGUUUACAAAAGAUAACAAAUAUUUUAAAUGAAGUGAAAUUCAUAAAAUCAUCGAUUGGCGAUCUUCCACAAAUGCUUGCACCGCGAUUACUUGAUAGCAAUAGUAAAAUUGCCCAAACAACACUUGGUGUCUGUGAACAAUUGGCAACUGCAAUGGGUUCACCAAUAAAGCAACAUAUUCGCACACUCUUUCCAGGAUUUAUUCAAUGUCUUGGAGAUUCGAAAAAUUGGAUAAGAACCGCUGCAAUUUCUUGCAUCAAUACUUGGACCGAACAAUGUGGAUAUAAAGAAUUUUUUGACGGUGAAAUGAUUGGCGAUGCAUUAAAAGCCGGAUCACCUGCAUUACGUUCAGAAUUAUGGAUUUGGUUAUCGCAAGCAUUGCCACUUAUUCCAAUGAAACAAAUUCCAAAAGAAGAAUUAACAAUUUGUUUGCCAAUUUUAUUUAGUAAUUUAGAGGAUCGCAAUUCGGAUGUUAGAAAAAAUGCACAGGAAUCUGUUUUAGGAUUUAUGAUGCAUUUAUCAUUUGAGGCAAUGUCAAGGAAUACAGAGAAAUUGAAACCUGGUUCAAAAUCAGUGGUGUUGACAAUUUUAGACAAAGCACGAUCAAAUUUACCAAUUAAACCAUUACCAACGAAAAAGCAAUCCGAUGAUAAUGCAUCACAAAAAACAGUGAAAAGCGGCGGUGCAAUGAAAGCAUCGAAAGUUGCUGUUAAAACAAAAGCAGGAGCCAGCUCAAAACCAGGUACUGCAAGAAAAAAAGAUGAAGAAGUUGAUUCUAGUCCAUUAUUGGCUGUCAAUAAUUUGAAGCAUCAGCGCGUGAUUGACGAGCAGAAACUCAAAGUUUUAAAAUGGAAUUUCACAACUCCAAGGGAAGAAUUUGUGGAAUUAUUAAAGGAACUUAUGGCUACUGCUAAUGUUAAUAAAACAUUGUGCGCUAAUAUGUUUCAUGCGGACUUUCGAUAUCAUCUUAAGGCCAUCGAAUCAUUAACAGAGGAUCUUCCGGGAAAUAAUAAAGCGCUUGUGUCAAAUUUGGAUUUAAUACUCAAAUGGUUGACGCUCAGAUUUUUCGAUACAAAUCCCUCAGUAUUAUUAAAAGGAUUGGAAUAUUUACAAGCGGUAUUUAAUAUUUUGAUAGAUGAUCAGUAUCAUAUGCAAGAGCAUGAGGCUGCUUCAUUUAUUCCUUACCUGAUUAUUAAGAUAGGAGAUCCAAAGGAUGCUGUUCGUAAUGGUGUUAGGGCACUGUUUAAACAAAUAGCGUUAGUUUAUCCUGUUAGCAAAUUAUUCAUGUAUACGAUGGAGGGCCUAAAGUCCAAAAAUGCUAGACAAAGGACAGAGUGCCUCGAUCAAUUAGGAUCUUUAAUAGAAAACUAUGGAAUCUCAGUGUGUCAACCCUCGCCAUCAAUGGCUUUAAAGGAAGUUGCAAAACAAAUAGCAGAUCGAGAUAAUUCAGUUCGAAAUGCGGCUUUAAAUUGUAUAGUUCAAGUGUAUUUUCUUGAGGGUGAAAAAGUUUUUAAAUUCGUUGGACACAUUUCAGAGAAAGAUCAAUCCUUAUUGGAUGAAAGAAUAAAAAGAGCUGCUAAAAAUCGACCUUUGAAAUCAAGUUCGUCGACGCAAAUUGCCCCACCAAGGGAAAGAGAUCCAGUACCACCGAUUCCAGUGGUAGAACCAAUUGAGGAUGAUUACGAGGAUGACAUUGAGGAAGAACAAGAAAAUGAAGCCCCUAACGAGAGAAUGUUUGUUAGAAACAGUCCUCAACAAAUACCAACAAAGCCCUCGGGUCCAUUUGGAUUGGAUAUGGAACUUCUUGAAAGAAUAGAAUCGACUGCUCCGGUAAAAUGUCGAAAUCCAGUUCUCCUUGAACCAAAUCUCGACGAUUUGAACGAUACUAUUCACAUUAAAUUACAACCAAAUCAAAUAAUUCCUAUUUCACCUCCAAAACUAUUGGAUCCAAAAUCAGCAAAUGUUCAAAAUUUGGUGAGGCCAAAAGGCGAUGAUCUUGAUCGUAAAAUUGAAGCAAUGACGAGUCUUGAUCCUCCUGUUGCUAUUCAGGCAAUGAAUAAUAUGGAAACUUUCUUGAAGUCACAUCAAUUUAUGGCCAUGCAGACAAAGGAGGACAAAUUUAUGAGUGCUGUAAAUUUACAAUUGAAACUUUUGCAAACAUAUUCGUUAAACACAGAUCGCAGUACUGAUAUUUCAAAAGCAUUUAGAACUUGUUUUAUGGUCAUUUUAGCUUUUUAUGAAUCGGGCUUUCUUGGAAAAAAUGUACCAACAAAUCAUUUGAAAGAAUUAGUUCAUCAAAUGAUCACAUUAUUGGCAGAAAAUAAACUCGAUCAAUUAAAUGAAGCUGAGGCUUAUAAUCGUGUGAUAAAUAAUGUUGUUAUUAAAACAAUUGACAAUUCUAAUCACACUACAAUUUUAUGUGUACUUGUGAAAUUAUUACAUGAUUGCACGGAAUCGGAUUCUCUACCAAAAUAUGAGGAAUUAGUUAUGAAAUGUUUGUGGAAAAUUGUGAAAACAAUUCCAAAUUGGGCAAGUGAAUUAGAUUACGACGCUAUUCUUCUUGAAAUCCAUAAUUUCUUUAAAGAUUAUCCAUCCACUUGGUGGAAGAAGAGAGAAUCAGAUACGCCAUUGAGAACAAUAAAAACAAUUCUACAUAGUAUGACAAGGAUUAAGGGAAACAGUAUUUUAAAUCAUUUAUCUCAAAUUAAUAAUACGAAAGAGUCCGAACUACAUUCCUAUCUAUUAAGACUUAUCACGACACUCAAACCGGAUGAGAUGAAUGCAGCAUCGCGAAAUAAUGUUAAACCAGGCAAUCAAGUAAAAUCUCAAAAGCACCUUUGUAAAUACACGCACCAGCAGCUUUCUGAAAUUUUUAAGAAGAUUGGAUCUAAAACUCAAACACAAGAGGGUUUAACACAGUUAUACGACUUUAAACUACAGCAUCCUGAGGCAGAUGUACAGCCUUUUCUAAUAAAAUCACAUCAAUUCUUUCAAGAUUUUAUAGAGCAGGGACUCAAAAAUAUUGAUCAAGCUAGAAAAAGUCAAAAUCAUGUUUCUCAAAUUAAUAAACAAUAUAUAGCAGAAGCUGCACACGUUGCCGAUGUUAUUCCAGACUCGAGACACCUUAUCGACCCAUUGGAUAGACUUAAAAAGUUACGCAACUUGGAAGCCCAAUGUCGAAAGGAUCUUUCAAAGCCAUCAGACUAGUGAUUAAUGCACUUAUGUACUCUUAAUUAUCACUAUAAGUGAGUGUUAGCGUGUUUAUUUUUAAGUUUCUUCCCAGUAAUAAUUAUUUACUGCUGAUAUAUGAUAUUUGACAAAACUCUAAAAAAAAAAAAAUUAUUAAUUAAUUAAUUUUUAAAUAAUGAGAUUUAAUUGUUUUAGACACGUCGUUAGAAUUGUCUUUCGACUCAAAACGAGAUUAUUGCUAGGUGCUUAGAAUUUUUUUACUCUUGUUUCGUCCAAUAAAAUAAAUAACUUUGUUUUUUAUUAUA